GCAGCGGGGCUCUUCCUGGUUCAGUGUGUUGUGGGUCUGUUGUUGGUCUGUUGUGUGUUGUGGGUCUGUUGUGUGUUGUGGGUCUGUUGUUGGUCUGCUGCUUCCCUCGGAUCACACUAACCCAUGAUGCAGCGGACUCUGGACGUGUAGCCUGUGAGUGAGUUGACCAGCGGCCGCUCGGAGCGGAGUUAGCCGGAGUUAGCCGGCUGCUAGCUGCAGAGUGCGGUCACAGGUAUGUGGGCGUCCUGCUGUAAUUGGCUGUGUAUGGACUCAGGUGACCCAGCAGAACAGUCGGGUGAAGAUGAACGUCGCCAUCAGUCCUACACCAACUCCGCCUUCAACUCUCAGCCGUCUCCUCCUCCACCUGAACACAUCUGUAAGGCCUGCGGGGGGCGCUUUGACACACCUGCCAAGAAGCAUGUGUGUGUGGACUGUAAGAAGAACUACUGCAGCCGUUGCUCCGCCCAGCUUGAGCCACGGCCCCGCCUCUGUCACACCUGUCAGCGUUUCUAUGGCAACCUGUUGGAGCGGGCGGAGCUUAUGAAGCUCAAAGUGAAGGAGCUCAGAGAUUAUCUGCAUCUGCAUGAGGUGUCAACACACCUGUGCAGAGAGAAGGAGGAGCUGGUGGAGCUGGUCCUGAGUCAGCAUUCCUCACCUUCCAGUGAACAGGCCCCUGAGACACUGACCCCUGACCCUCCCUCUGUGACGCCUGACCCACCUACACCCACCCCCAACCUCACCUCUGAUCCUCCACAGCCCGAAUACCCGUCCCCUCCCACAGAGACCACAGCCUCUGAGCCUGACAUUCAGGAAGAAGACCAGGACCCUGAGGAGCCGUCAGUUUCAGGUCGUAGGGCGUCUCUGUCCGACCUGAGUUGCGAGGACGACAUUGAGGCGCUCAGCGUGCGGCAGCUGAAAGAAAUUCUCGCCAGGAACUUUGUGGACUAUAAAGGCUGCUGUGAAAAAUGGGAGCUGAUGGAGCGAGUGAGUCGACUGUACCAGGACCAGCAGAACCUCAUUGCCAAUGCAGUGAACGCCUCAGAGUCUGGGGGAGGACUGGAGGAGAACCUCUGUAAGAUCUGUAUGGACUCUACCAUUGACUGCGUCCUGCUGGAUUGUGGUCACAUGAUCACCUGCACCAAGUGCGGCAAGAGGAUGAGCGAGUGUCCAAUCUGCCGCCAGUAUGUCGUCCGAGCAGUCCACGUGUUCAGGUCCUGAACAAACCAACCUGGAAGUGAACCAGGACCAAGUGUCGUUCAACAACAAUCAAGUCUUCUUAAAGGGACCUCCACAAGUCUACAUAACCAGAGUGCUUUUAUUUUGCUAACUCUAUUUUUCUAGUGUAAAUAUGAUAAAGAUUGCAAGAAGUGACCUCAUCUGAUCUUUUUUACUCAAACACAAACUCUGAGCUUCACACGGCCACAAACACUCACACACUGUGUUCUCAUUACAACCUUUGCUUUUUUACAGUGUCCAGUGAAGUGACACAGACAUAAAACAGCAGUGGUGAGACAUUUUCCAGAACAUCACUGAUUCCAGGGCUCAUACUUCCUGUUUUAAUCUCGUGUUUCAUCUGUAGCCUCAUGACAUUGAGACCUGAGACUGUUUCUUGAUAUUCUUUCGCUUCAGCCUCAUCUUAUUUUUAUAACUCACUAGUGGAUUUUUUAAAAUCAGACGGAUUCGGAUGUGUUCUCAUCCAAAGAACACAUUCAUUAAACAACCUUCAGGUCAGAAUAUCAGCAGGGUAAUGAUGUCACAGGAAGUGGAACACGUUCCCCUGAUGCUGUGGUUUUCUCUUCACAUCCUCGAUGUUGUGAAAGCACAGCUGAGACAUCUUUUAUUUAAAGGAGACACAUUCUGUUCACAUUCAGGUUGAAAAGAGGUAAAGUUUGUUCGUUAGGAUGAACUCUUGAGAUGCAUCCUGUUGUUUUCCAGGGGUGAAAACACGUCUCUGUCCUCAGACUGUCCAUCACUGCAGCUCCUCUUUUCUCUUUAAGACCCCCCCUCCUGAUAAAGCCUAGUCUGCUCUGAUUGGUCGGCUGCUCCACUCUGUUGUGAUUGGUCAACAGCUUCCAGCACGUGUGGGAAAUGUCAACUCACUUAGCCUGGCCUUGUCAUACUAGUUAGCUAGUUUGGCAAACCCCAUAACAAGUGAACACAGUGUCAGGUCCUUUUACUUUAACCUAAGUGCUACUGACGAGAUGUUUCCUUCACACCAGACUUUGGACUUUUUGAAUUUGCAGAACGUUUGCAUUCACAAUAAACAUUUUUUUAUAACUAACAGGAGGAAAGAAACUGAAAAAACAUAAACGUGUCUCCUUUAAAACUAUUUCACUCACAUUAACGAACCUGAACUGUUUCCCUGAAUCUGUAUCAGAUUUUACAGAAACAGAGGCUCCAUGAAGCUUCCCUGAGGGACUCCGUAAGUUAGAGGUUUAUGGUUGUAUUUUUGCAGCCGUUCUGUUUCUGUUGUCACCGGUGACCAUGAGAACAAAGUUCUGUUCUUUGACUACCACACUGCUCAUUUGAAUUAUAAUGGCCUUAAGAAGUAAAAUGAUGUCUCACAGUGGAGGUGCUAAAGGAACCAUGAACCAUGGGCCAGGGGCCUUAGAUUCCACUGAGGCCUUGUCCUUUGGGUUUUUAUAUGUUUUAAGGGAUUUAAUGGUUUUAGGGAACUUGGGAAUAUUUUUAAACUUGCUCUACAUACUGAUUCAUGUGUUUUUAGUCAAAGUUGUCACAUCUGUGAUUAUUUAAGGGCAAUAUCAACACAUGAUUUAAGUAUUCAUAUACAUUAGAACUGUAAUGUCAUUUUUAUAGGACAGUGAUUUCUGUGGACGUUUCUUUAAUCUGACAAACUGGAACAAAGCUGUGAGACAGUGACUCAAUGUGGUUGUGUUGAGUUUAAAAGCACUUUUGUUUAGUCAAAGAAAAUAAUACUGAAGAGCUUAGUGUUGGACUUUUCCUCUGAAUCUGUAUCAGGUUUAAGAAAAUUGUCAGAAGCUCCAGAACAUAUCCCUGAGGGACUCCAUUUGUUAGUAAAAACAGGGAUCAUGACUUAUCAUCUUUACCAGUAGAACACAGAAGUUUGGCAGUGAAGCUCUUUGUCUUUGUGUCUUUUUGCACUAAUCUGCUGAAACAUUUUGACCUUUUAUCAAUUAGCUCUGGUUGAAGAACGAUGUAGAGGAGACGUGACGUUCACUUUUGUCUUAGUGUUUUUCUUCGGAUCAUUAACUCUUGAGUUUUGCUGUGAAUGUUUUUCUUUUCUUUUGUGAAUUGCUGGCUGGUUAUCACUGUGGGAUAACACGUUUCCUGUAAGUUGUACAACAAGUUUCUGAUCACUGAAUCAAUGUGAGACACAAAAAAACACAUUUUCUUGAUGCACUGGUCAAUUAUGAUAUUAUGGGCUGUUGUGUUUCUAUAACCUUUAAAGCUCCAGUGCGUAAGAU